GUGGCUGCGACGGUGGUGUGCGUGGGCUGUGUGAAGUGAACAAGAGGACAUUUGAAUUUAGAAGGCGGAUCGCGCGGGAAUAUCGCGCAUGCGCUCAUUCCACUCGUUUUCCCGCGCACGUUUUGGCGGGAAUAGUAUUGUUCGAUUUUUAAACUACAUAUUAUUGCGGUUGAGCUUACUUGUGUGUAACGUGUUCUGUUUGAAUUUGGAAGAGAACUGUCUUUUACGUUCAAAAAUGAAACUACCGAGGAGUCAUCUACGAAACAUUUGCAGCCUACUGUACAUAGUGCAAACAGUAUGCACUGUGACCGCGACACAGUUCGCGUCUCACGUCAGCGUGAACACCCCCGCUCUAAGCUUUUCCCACGGAGUCGGCGAUCCUGUGUCUGUACUGGAGCGACGAGCGUACCACCGGCUCCAACAAAGCCCACCAAUAAGGAAAUUACGAAGACCAACGUCACAGAGUCAUGGCGGCUAUCCCCGUCAAAAGCCAGCCAUACCCUUCCAAGUUGAGGACGCACACCGCGGCAACUCCUUAUCAAGACCUUGGCUUUACAACAGCUAUAAGGCUAUUCCGCUACAAGUGCUGCCACCAUCUCCGUAUAAAGUGGACUCACCGGACCCGGAGUCCCUGUGGCCAAUAGGGUUGUUCAUACCGCCAGUUGCUCCUCAGCGAUAUGGUCCUCAUCGACGGUCGGACGCCCAUGUUACCGGAUCCGACCCAGAAGAUCCUUAUCUUCUAGAAGGUUCUGAAGCUGUAGCAGCAGUCACGAAGUCCACUCUCCACGGCCACCUGUACUUCCACGAUAUACCUCACAUAGACUCUCUACUGGCCAAUCAAGAAAUCAGAGUCCAAAACAACCUGAAACCGCACCGCAUCGCGAGUAUACGACAAACAUGGCCGUUCAAUAGACCCUAGCACGAAAAUAAAACAAACCAGUUAUUAUAAAAUUAUUGUAUAUUUUUGUAUAAAUCAUAUGGAAUUACUCAUUUUAUAACUAUCUAUACAUUAUUGCAUUUGUAAAAAAUACAUAUCAAAAAUAUAUUUGAGUCUACUUUUUAACAAUAUCUUUAUUAUACAUUUUCAACCACUUUU